AUGGAGUUCAUAUGGAUGAUUCCGUUGACAGAGCUCCACGAUCAUACCAAAGGCUAUCUAGUGAAUGACAGGUUGGUGAUUAACGUCGAGGUUUGCGUCUUAAGGUUCAAUCCUGCUGUCAAUACUCGAUCCGCGGGACUGAUAAAUAACUUUGGCGCCUAUUUUGUGAGUCUCAAUGAACGCAUUGAAGAGGCUGAGACUAAUGGUGUUCGUGUAGGAUCGAGUUCGCGAAGUCGAGAUGUUGCUGUCACAUCUGAAACUCUUAGCUUGGAAGAAGUUGAGGAGGCUAAGCAGUCAUUGAAGGGAUGCCUUUGGGAUCUCUUCAAAUUGAAUAUGAAAGAGAGACUAUCUAUGGCAUUGUCAACUUUAAGGUCAGCUAGAGCUGGAUUAUCUGCCAAGCACUGUGAAGCGAUCCAAAAAUUCCUGGCCAACUAUGAUGAAUUCACUUCCGACUACUUAAUUUUUGAACAGGAUAAUGCUGAAUUUGAGCUGCAUAAGAUACAAAUGGAUAGAAUGUUUUUGGAGAUGAAGGAGGUCCGCGAAAUUCACACCUUUUAUAAGCAAUUGAUGGAGGACAUCACCAAGGAAGAGAGAGAGCUCAAUGGAAAGAUGCAGAAAGUGCAGUGUAGGAAGGACAAGCUCCUCUCAGACUGGGAGAUUUUGUUGGUCAAGUUGGAAGAAGCGAAUUCGGGCUACACUGAGGAGAAGAAGAAAGCUGCAGAGGCUGAGGAAAAGAAGAGAAUAGCUGAGGAAAGAAUGUCUAGAUCUGCCACUGCUUGGUCUGACUUGAAGGUUCUAUUUUGUUAAAACUUUCGGUG